AAAAUGUAACAAAACAAGCGGCGUCUUUUCUAUUGGCUUAAAGGAGCCGCGGUCGGUCGAUCGGAGCCCCUCGGAGGAGAGAAAAGUAGCAAAGAAAGGUGGCAAACAACGGCGGCGCCAGGUGUGGAGACGAAGGAUCCGGGACCGGGCGCUUGCCCGGGGAAAGAGACGAAGAGAACCUGCGGGGAUCCGCGCAGGGGGAAAAAAGCCCUUAGGAGGAGAAGCGGGGCAGGACGACCCGCUGGUUACGAUGGGAACCUCGCUGGAGGCGCCGGUGGAAGAGGCUGCGGGCAUGAACCGCGCCGAGUCGCUUCGGUGAUGGCUUGAGCGAAGCGGCCGGAAAGUUGCCGGAGAGCUUUUUGCUCUAUGCCCGGCCGGUCGGGAUCCCUUGCCCGGAGCAGCCCCGCGGUGGACGUCGGGUUUCCAGUCUCGGUCCUUUCCCCCCACCCGCCCCUCUCCCGGUGCAAAACCCCCCUCCCUUCCUUUUGCGCGCAACUUGGCGACCUGAGCGCCAUGUCGAAAGUGAUCCAGAAGAAAAACCACUGGACGGCUAAAGUGCACCAAGCCACGGUCAGCCGCAAUGCUCAGGGCCAGCUCGGGGUCACCGUCCUCGGCGGAGCGGAGCACGGAGAGUUUCCUUACGUCGGACCGCCCGAGGUCGAGGGGGAGACGGCGCUGCCCGGAGACAACGGCGAAUGCAAACUUGGCGAAGGGGAGCUACUCUUGGAGGUGCAGGGUGUCCGGGUGUCGGGGUUGCCCCGCUACGACGUGCUGGAAGUUAUCCGGAGCUGCAAGGAGCCCAUUGUUUUCAAAGCCGUCAGACAAGGAAGUCGGCUGAACAAAGACCUGAGACAUUUUCUCAACCAGAGAUUUCAGAAAGGAUCUCCAGAUCAUGAGCUUCAGCAAACUAUUAGAGAUAACCUUUAUCGCCAUGCUGUGCCUUGCACCACACGUCCUCCAAGAGAAGGAGAAGUGCCUGGUGUGGACUAUAACUUUCUAAGCGUACAAGAGUUUCUUGAACUUGAAAAAAGCGGAACUCUGCUUGAAGUAGGAACCUAUGAAGGUAACUAUUAUGGAACACCCAAACCUCCCAGCCAAUCCCUCGGUGGGAAAGUGAAUAAUGCUGAUGCUUUGCAAAAUCUCCCCUCAAGUUCCAAGCAGACGACUCCCAAACGAACCAAGUCCUACAAUGAUAUGCAAAAUGCUGGUUUAGUACAUGCAGAGAAUGAAGAGGAUGACACCCCUGAAAUGAACAGUAGCUUUACAGCAGACUCCGGUGAACAAGACGAGCACAAUAUACACGGUAUAAGAGAUGCAGCUCUUCCAUCUCUGAAUAGUAGCAUCACCACUGUUCCCACCACGGAACCAUCUGAGAAGCUCCCUCAAUACCUACCUCCUUGUGCAGAGGAAAACUUGGGUCCUCUGCCUGAAAACUGGGAGAUGGCUUAUACAGAGAAUGGAGAAGUCUACUUUAUAGAUCAUAAUACUAAAACAACGUCUUGGCUAGACCCAAGGUGCCUGAACAAACAGCAAAAGCCUUUAGAAGAAUGUGAAGAUGAUGAACUACCUGCUGGUUGGGAAAAGAUUGAAGAUCCUGUAUAUGGUGUCUACUAUGUAGACCACAUCAACAGGAAAACACAAUAUGAGAAUCCAGUUCUGGAAGCCAAAAGAAAAAAGCAGCUUGAACAGCAGCCUCCCCCAGCACAGCCUCCAGCACAACCAUCUGAAGAAUGGACUGAAGACAAUCCCCCCCUUGCUCCCCCUUCUCUUCCAAACCAUGUUCCCACUAACCAGGAUGCAGUUAGAGAUGUUCCAGUACAAGCAGGGAAACCAUUUUUCACCCGGAACCCAUCUGAACUGAAAGGGAAGUUCAUUCACACCAAACUGAGGAAAAGCAGCAGAGGCUUUGGUUUCACUGUGGUCGGCGGAGAUGAACCAGAUGAAUUUCUCCAGAUAAAGAGCUUGGUGCUUGAUGGGCCUGCAGCACUGGAUGGCAAAAUGGAAACAG